AGGGAAAGGAGUAAGAGUCACAUCAUCCGAAGACCUCACCCCUUGUCUCUCCAUGCAUUCCGCCCUCCUCUAUCUCUGAGGCUUGGACUCUUGGCAGAGAGGAAGAAGCCAGGCCGCUGACUGUACGCCUUCUCCCAGGCACACACCCGGCCCGUCCGAUGUGCGGAACUGCCCCUGGAGCUGUAGCCCUUCACCACCAUCCCUACCUCCUUCCUUCGGAGGGCUCCUGAGACGCCAUCUGUCAUGGAAAAGUACCACGUGUUGGAGAUGAUUGGAGAAGGCUCUUUUGGGAGGGUGUACAAGGGUCGAAGAAAAUACAGCGCUCAGGUGGUGGCCCUGAAAUUCAUCCCCAAACUGGGCCGCUCAGAGAAGGAGCUGAGGAACCUGCAGCGAGAGAUUGAAAUCAUGCGGGGUCUGCGACAUCCCAACAUUGUGCAUAUGCUCGACAGCUUUGAGACUGACAAGGAGGUGGUGGUGGUCACAGACUAUGCUGAGGGAGAGCUCUUUCAGAUCCUUGAAGAUGAUGGGAAACUUCCCGAAAACCAGGUUCAGGCCAUCGCUGCCCAGUUGGUGUCGGCCCUGUACUACCUCCACUCCCACCGAAUCCUGCACCGUGACAUGAAGCCGCAGAACAUCCUGCUGGCCAAGGGGGGCGGCAUCAAGCUCUGUGACUUUGGGUUUGCCCGGGCAAUGAGCACCAACACCAUGGUGCUGACAUCCAUCAAAGGUACCCCACUGUACAUGUCUCCAGAGCUGGUGGAGGAGCGGCCGUAUGACCACACGGCAGACCUCUGGUCUGUGGGCUGCAUACUAUACGAACUGGCUGUCGGCACCCCUCCCUUCUACACCACGAGCAUCUUUGAGCUGGUCAGCCUCAUCCUCAAGGACCCUGUGCGCUGGCCCUCGACCAUUAGCCCUUGCUUCAAGAACUUCCUGCAGGGACUGCUCACCAAGGACCCCCAGCAGCGGCUGUCCUGGCCAGAUCUCUUACAUCACCCCUUCAUUGCUGGCCACGUCACCAUAAUAACGGAGCCAGCGGCCCUGGGCUUGGGCACACCGUUCACCAGCCGCCUCCCUCCAGAGCUGCAGGUCCUAAAGGACCAACAGGCACAUCGGCUGGCCCCCAGGGGUAAUGGAUUGCGUGUCUUGCGUCAGGCACGUAAACGCAUGGCUGAGGAGGCCAAGCAGAAGAAUCACCAGAAGACUGCGCCUGCGCUUGAGCAAGAGGACAAGACCAGCAAGGUGGCUCUGCCCAGGCUAAGGACCACCCCUCAGGAACCAAGCCUCUUGGCUGGGAUCUUGGCCUCAGAAAUGCAGAGCAACUGGGCUGAGUGGGGGCCUGGAGACGCCCCCUCCACACCUUGGGAGCCUCAGAUCACUGCAGAUCAAGAACAGGCUUUCCCGGAGCCGAGACCAGAGGUGGUGGACCAGAAGACCAUGGAUGCAGUAGAUCUAGAAAAUGAGGAACCAGACAGUGACAAGGAAUGGCAGCACCUGCUAGAGAGCACCAAGCCCUUGCCCACUCAGCUGAAGGCCCCGCUCAGCCUGCUGUGCAAUCCUGACUUCUGCCAGCGCGUCCAGAAGCAGCUCCAAGAGGCCGGAGGGCAGGUCCUGAAGGGCAUCCCAGAAGGUGCUGCUCACCUCCUCCCUGUGCUCCAGGUGCUAAUCAAUCUCCUGACUAGCUGCAGUGACUCUCAGGUCUUGUAUUCCUUCUGCCGGGAGGCAGGGCUUCCUGAACUUCUGCUGAACCUCUUCAAACAUAGCCAGGAGAAUCCCGGCAUCCCUCAGCAAUCUUGGUAUGGGGCCUUCUUAAGGGAGCUGCUGACUGCGAUUCAGGCCUACUUUGCCUGCACCUUCAACCUGGAGAGGGGCCAGACAAGCGACAGCCUACAGGUGUUUCAGGAGGCGGCCAACCACUUUCUGGACUUGCUGGGGAAACUCCUGGCCCAACCAGAUGACUCUGAGCAGACCCUGCGGAGGGACAGCCUGAUGUGCUUGACUGUUUUGUGUGAAACCAUGGAUGGCAACAGCCAGGCCAUCACCAACGCCUUUUACUCCAGCCUGCUGACAACCCAGCGGGCCGUGCUAGAUGGGCUCCUUCAUGGUUUGACGCUUCCACAGCUCCCCUUCCAUACACCCCCAGGAGCCCCACAAGUGAGCCAGUCCCUGCGGGAGCAGAGUGAGGAUCUACCCGGAGCCAUUUCCUCUGCACUGGCCGCCAUAUGCACUGCUCCAGUGGGGCUGCCCGGCUGCUGGGAAGCCAAGGAACAGAUCUCUCGGUACUUGGCAAGUCAACUGACUGAAAACGGCAGCCAGCUGAGGCCGUCCCUCAUCUCUGGAUUGCAGCACCCGAUCCUGUGCCUACACCUUCUCAAGGUUCUCUACUCCUGCUGCCACGUCAGUGAGCACUUGUGCCGUGUGCUUGGCCAAGAGCCCCUGGCCUUGGAGUCUCUGCUGAUGUUGGUCCAGGGCCAGGUCAAAGUUGCAGACUGGGAAGAGUCAGUUGAAGUGACACUCUACCUCCUCUCCCUUCUUGUCCUUCGACUCCAAGCUCUGCCGUCUGGGCUGGAGAGGCUGGGCAGCGAGACGGCUGCUCUCUUCACCCACUCACAUGUUGUUUCUCUCGGGAACGCAGCGGCCUGUCUGAUGGAGCAGCUUUGUCAUCAAGGAGUGACCCUUGACCUCCAGCCUGUGGAAUGGAUGGCUGCAGCCACACAUGCCCUGUCUGCCCCUGCAGAGGUCCGACUGGCUCCACCUGGUGGCUCUGGGUUUUAUGACGGCCUCCUCAUCCUGCUACUGCAGCUCCUCACCCAGGGGAAGACUAGCCUGAUACGGGAUUUGGUGCAUUCGGAAAUGUGGACUGUUUUGUGGCACCGCUUCUCCAUGGCCCUGAGGCUGCCCAAGGAGGUCUCUAUGCAAGAGGAUGAACUCUUACUGCCCCAUCCACAAAGCCCAGUGCCAGACUGGACGCUGAUCUCACCCCAAGGCAUGGCGGCCCUCCUGAGCCUGGCCGUGGCCACCUUCACCCAGGAGCCCCAGUUAUGCCUGAGCCACCUGUCUCAGCAUGGAAGUAUCCUCAUGUCCACCCUGACACACCUGCUCUCGGACAGCUUCCUGCAACAGCUAGCCCGGGCGCCUCACGGCGCUGAGCUCCUCCCAGCGGUGGUGCUCUCUGUCUGCCAGCUUCUCUGCUUCCCCUUCGCCCUGGAUGUGGAUGCCAACCUCCUUGUGGGCAUCUUGGCUGACCUCAGAGAUUCGCAAGUCGCUGCCCACCUUCUGCAGGUCUGCUGCCAUCAUCUUCUGCUUCCACAAGUUGAGCUGCCAAUGAGUCUCCUCACACGCCUGGCCCUCACCGAACCCACGUCUCUCAGCCAGUUUGUGAAUGCUGUGGCGUCCUCCCCCAGCACCUUCACCUCCUUCUUCUCAGAUGCCCUCUUGGGUGACCAGCCACUGCUCACCUCUGACCUUCUUUCCCUGCUGGCUCACGCAGCCCGGGUACUGACCCCCAGCCACGUGUCUUUUGUCCAAGAACUCCUGGCUGGCUCUGAUGAAUCCUAUCGGCCCCUGCGCAGCCUCCUGGGCCAUCCAAGGAAUUCCGUGCGCACCCGCAUCUAUGGUCUCUUGGGACACUUGCUCCAGCACAGCAUGGCCCUGCGUGGGGCACUACAGAGCCAGGCUGGACUUCUCAACCUGCUGCUGCUGGGGCUUGGAGAUAAGGACCCUGCUGUGCGGCGCAAUGCCAGUUUUGCUGUGGGAAAUGCAGCGUACCAGGCUGGUCCCCUGGGAUCCGCCCUGGCAGCUGCAGUGCCCAGUUUGACCCAGCUGCUGGGAGAUCCUCAGGCUGGCAUCCGGCGCAAUGCUGCAUCCGCUCUGGGCAACUUGGGGCCUGAGGGACUCGGGGAGGAGUUGUUACAGUGCCAAGUACCCCAACGGCUCCUAGAGAUGGCAUGUGGAGACCCUCAGCCAAAUGUGAAGGAGGCUGCGCUCAUUGCCCUCCGGAGCCUCCAGCAGGAGCCCUGCAUCCAUCAGGUGCUGGUGUCCCUGGGUGCCAGUGAGAAAUUAGCCUUGCUCUCGCUGGGCAAUCAGUUCGUGUCACCCAAUAGCAGCAGUCCCAGACCUGCCUCUGCUAAGCACUGCAGGAAACUUAUUCACCUCCUGAGGCCAAGCCACAGCACGUGAUUCCAGAUUCCUGGGGUCCAAGCCUCCAACCUUCCUUGCCCUACAGUUUCCAGCUUUCCUUUUUCUACUACACCAGCCGCCAACUCAACCAAGAGCUAAAGAGACUAAAGAGAUUUACACAAGGUGCCAACUCAACUCAGAAUGAGAAACUAGAAGAGAUAUGUGCAGAAAGCUCUUUCCUUCGCAGGUUCAGGAUGAUGUCACCCAGCGAACUUCAAGAAGAUUCCUUCUUUCCCUACAGCCAGAGCUUUGUUUCUCCCCAGAGUGGACCUGAGGAGAAUACCUUCUACCCAAGAGAUCUCUUCCUUUCUAAGCGCCGCUUAUCAUCUUCCCAGAAAGUUCCUGCUUCCGGGGUACGGGCCCCGGGACAGAGAUAAAGACAGAGCCACUUCCAGCUCUAGGCUUUCGGGAUAUAAGCCAUCAGCCCCGUUGUUGAGGGGGUCCCCAGACCUUAGUCCGCAUUCCCAUCUUUGGGUGGGGUUGGGGAGUAUAUCUUUCUUUUUUAAACUCUGUUUAUAAACUCUUUUAAUAAACGACAUGUCUCACCUGCUGGGACUGCCAUAGUAAGGGG